AUGGACUACAAUUCAACAGAUCCAGGUUUAAUUGCCCAAGUAGCUAAUAAGUCUUAUGAUGUAUAUCAAUCAUUAAGCUCUUGGCAAAUCACACUUUUUACAAUUUUCACAUUCUUGCUCUUGGAACAAGUUAGAUAUGUUAAGAAUAAAGGUACCAUCGCAGGUCCUGCUUUGAAAUUAUAUCCUAUCAUCGGACCUUUCUUGGAAUCUUUGAAUCCUAAAUUUGAAGAAUAUUUAGCAAAAUGGAACUCAGGACCUUUGAGUUGUGUCGAAGUUUUCCACAAAUUCGUCGUCAUUGCAUCAACAAGAGACUUAUCUAGAAAAAUUUUAAGUUCUCCUAAGUAUGUCAAACCUUGUCUUGUUGACGUUGCUAUCAAAAUUUUAAGAGCUUCAAAUUGGGUAUUUUUAGACGGUCAAGAACAUGCCGAUUAUAGAAAAGCUUUGAAUGGUUUGUUCACUCCUAGUGCUUUGGAAGAUUAUUUACCAAUCCAAGAAAAAUGUAUUGACGAACAUCUUGAUUUGUUCCUUAGUUACAAAGAACCAAAACAAUUUUUCGAUGAUUUCAGAGAAAUGUUGUGUGCUUUAUCAUUGAAGACUUUCUGUGGUGAUUAUAUAACCGAAGAUCAAAUCAAAAUGAUUGCCGAUAACUACUACAAAAUUACCGCUGCUUUAGAAUUAGUUAAUUUCCCUAUCAUUAUACCAUAUACCAAAACUUGGUACGGAAAAAAAAUUGCUCAUGAUACCAUGUUGAUUUUCCAAGAUUGUGCAGACAGAGCCAAGAAAGAUAUUGCUAAUGGUAGUGAACCAAAUUCAUUGAUGGAAAAAUGGAUCUACCAAAGUCAACAAGCUAAAUUGAAUAAAUUGGACUCUGAUGAUGCCAAAUAUUUGACCAGAGAUUUUACAUCAAAGGAGAUUAGUGAGGCUGUUUUCACUUUCUUAUUUGCUUCUCAAGAUGCUUCUUCAUCCUUGGCUUGUUGGUUAUUCCAAAUUAUCAGUGAUAGACCAGAUAUUGCCAACAAAGUUAGAGAAGAACAAUUAAGAAUCAGAAACAACGAUUUGUCCGUCAAUUUAUCGUUAGAUUUAAUCAAUGAAAUGAAGUAUACAAAUGCUGUUGUUAAAGAAUGUUUGAGAUACAGACCUCCUGUUACUAUGGUUCCAUAUGUUGCGAAACAAGAGUUCCCUAUCACCAAAGACUACAAUGUUCCAAAAGGUGCUAUGAUCAUUCCAACCUUUUAUCCUUCAUUACAUGACCCAGAAAUUUAUGAAAACCCAGACGACUUCAUUCCUGAAAGAUGGUUCGAAGCAACUGAUAAUAUGUUAAAAAGAAACUAUUUGGUUUUCGGAUAUGGUGCACAUGCUUGUAUUGGUAAAAAUUACGUUUACACUUUGUUUGCUGGUUUAUUAGGUAAAGCUUUAUUAAAGUGUGAUUUGACUCAUUAUCCUACUGAAUUAUCAGAAGAGAUUGAAGUCUUUGCUACUAUUUUCCCCAAAGAUCAUUUAACUUUGAAAUGGAACAAAUAUGAUCCUUUCAAAAAAGAAGUUAUUGCUUAA